CGUGAGCUCUGAUGACUCAUCACAUGACCACAGUGCCGAUGAAUGAAGUCGCAGCGGGAAAAAGCUCUGGCUGCUCGUUGAUUGGACACUUGGGCUCCUGUGUACAGAGACAUCAGGGCUUAACAUUUUCCAUGUGAAGAUAGGGAUACUGACAGCAGGCCAAGGGGAAUAAUGGGAAAAAGUUCCACUGACUGAACAACCGGAGAAACGCAGAGGACAUGAGGAAUGACUGACUGCUGAGGAAUUGGGAGUUACAGAAAGGCAGGGGGUUGAAGGAAACAGAGACAAGUGCAGAAAUCAUCUUGGCUCGGUGCAGCAGGACUGUGCUAUGAUUCUCCCUGUGGGGGUUUUGCUGGGGCUCCUGUUGCUCUCCGGACCCAAGUCCUCUCUCCAGGGAGGCACUCAGGAAAUGGAGAGCAGCGAUGAGAUCCUGGAGAGAGAGUUUAUCCACGCUCAAAAGCGGCAGAAACGUGCCGUCUUUGACCACAGCCUUUCCCAAACGGACAAAUGUUCCUACACUUUUAUCGUCCCCCAGCAGAAAAGCACCGGGGCCAUCUGUGUGAACUCCAAGGAGCCCGAGGCUUUGCUGGAGAACCGGGUCAAUAAGCAGGAGCUGGAGCUGCUCAACUCUGAGCUUCAGAAGCACCGACGACAGAUCGAAGCUCUGCAGCAGCUGGUGCAGGUGGACGGUGGGGUGGUGAAUGAAGUCAAACUCCUGCGCAAGGAGAGCCGCAACAUGAACUCCAGAGUGACGCAGCUCUACAUGCAGCUGCUGCACGAGAUUAUCCGCAAACGAGACAACGCCCUGGAGGCAUCGCAGCUGGAGACCCGGGUGCUCAACCACACCAACCAGAUGGGACAGCUCACCAUGCGCUACAGCGACCUGGAGCACAAGUACCAGCACCUGUCGGCCCUCGCCAACAACCAGAGCGCUCUCCUGCUGCAGCUGGAGAAGCACUGCAAGCGUGGGGGACACUCGUACGGUGUGGUGCAGGACCGGAUCCGCCCGGUCUACCCACAGCCUCCUGUGGUCCCGCAGCCCCCUCUGCACAUGCCUGAGCUCUCUGCUGGAGGAUACAGACCCUACCACCCACAGACCACCUACACCCGCCAUACCAUCAACCGCAUGACUAACGAGAUUCAGAGUGACCAGAACACCAAAGCGAUACCGCCGCCACUACCCACAAUGCCAAGUGCUGCCUACAGCUUUACAAGUGAGCCCGCUGGUCCCUUCAAAGACUGCCUAGAAGCGCUGAACAGCGGGUACACAAACAGCGGCAUGUACCUCCUGAAACCAGACAAGACCAAUCGACUGAUGCAGGUUUCAUGCGACCAGAGACGGGACCCUGGUGGCUGGACGAUCAUUCAGAGGCGUCAGGACGGCUCUGUGAACUUCUUUAGAAACUGGGAGACGUACAAGCAAGGGUUCGGAAACAUCGAUGGGGAGUACUGGUUGGGUCUGGAGAACAUUUACUGGCUGACUGACCAGGCCACAUACAAGCUGCUGGUGACGCUGGAGGAUUGGAGCGGACGCAAGACCUUCGCCGAGUACGCCAGCUGCGUCGAGUCCGAGGCCGACUCCUAUCGGCUGCGGGUGGGCCGGUACCAAGGCAACGCUGGAGACUCCCUCACCUGGCACAAUGGCAAGCAGUUCACCACACUGGACAAGGACAAUGACGCCUACACAGGUAACUGUGCCCACUACCAGAAAGGAGGAUGGUGGUACAACGCCUGCGCUCACUCCAACAUGAACGGCGUGUGGUACCGGGGGGGGCAUUACCGCAGCCGCUACCAGGACGGGGUCUAUUGGGCCGAGUUCAGAGGAGGGGCUUAUUCUCUGAAGAAGGUGACCAUGAUGAUACGACCCAAUGCAAACAACGUCCACUAACACACACUUUCUUUAAUUUGAGUUUGGGCUCUCUAAAAGCAGAAAUUGCACACAGGAGGAACUCACACGUGGCUGGAGUAUCUUGGCUUGAGUUUACAAUAGGAAUCAAAAUAAUGCAUGUAAUAGUAACAAAGGAAUGUAUAUCCAGAGAUCAAACUUGGUGAAACACUGGUAUUACAGAGUACUAUUGGUGGCCAUUAUGUUAUGUAUGUAUAAUAUUUAGGGAUCAACUCUACAGGAAAUAGAUCUGGUUAUUUAUUUUCCCCAAAAAUGAUGUCGAUCAUUUCCUUUCUUUCUUUAUUUCAUCUCAUUUGGGUUCGAACAAAUGUUAAUAAAACAAUGGAUCUUCUGACCACUUAAUGUCAAAGUGAUCAGGUUCUAAAUUACAAGGAAAUACCAGGAGAGUUAAAAAGGUCGGAUCACCACUGUGUCAGUGUGCAGAUAUAGUAUGCAUCAGGUAUUCUGUGUGUGUGUGUGUGUGUAUAUAUAGUGCUUCAUUAAGAUUAUUUUUAUAGUCUGUAUGUUACCAAUCUUGCAAUAAAAUAUGCAAAACUCUG